CCAUGGCGAUCACAUUCCUAUGCCUUCUGAUUUUAUUCAUACUUCACAUAUUCACAAAUCAAUUCCUUCACAGAAUCCGAAACCUCCCCCCGAGCCCAUUUUUUUCACUACCCAUCAUUGGCCAACUCUACCUCCUCAAACGCCCACUUCACCGGACCCUAUUGGACAUCUCGCGCCGGCAUGGCCCAAUCCUCUUCUUCUGGUUCGGUUUCCGACCAGUCCUGGUCGUCUCUUCUCCGUCAGCCGCCGAGGAGUGUCUCUCCAAAAACGACAUCGUGUUCGCCAACCGGCCUCAUCUCAUAGGCGGCAAAUACCUCGGGUACAAUUACACAAGCCUCCUCUGGGCUCCGUAUGGCGAGCACUGGCGAAACCUCCGCCGAAUCUCGUCCUUAGAAAUCUUCUCCACCCACCGCCUCCAAACGCUUUCCAGUAUUCGCGUCGACGAAGUUCGUACGUUGAUCCGGAGGCUGUACAACACCAAAAACGACGUCGUAGACAUGAAAACAGAGUUUUUCGAGUUGAUGUUCAAUAUCAUGAUGAGAAUGAUCGCUGGAAAGCGGUAUUAUGGGGAAGACGUGGCGGAGUCGGAGGAAGCAGAGAGAUUCCGGGAGAUUCAGGAGGAGACGUUUCGAUUGAGCAGCAAGACUAAUUUGGGGGACUUCUUAAGGAUGGUGAAAUGGGCUGGAUUAUCGAAAGGGCUUGAAAACAGGAUGAAGGAGUUGCAGAGCAAGCGGGAUGCUUGGAUGCAGAGUUUGAUCGAGGAACAUCGUAAACAGAGUAAAAAGGAUGCUAAAAAGACCAUGAUUGAGGUCCUCCUCUCGCUGCAACAAAAGGAACCUCACUAUUAUAAGGACGAGUAUAUCAGAGGCCUUAUGCUCGUGUUGCUAUUAGCAGGGACUGAAGGUUCCAUCAAUACAAUGGAGUGGCUGCUGUCACUAUUACUCAACAAUCCAGAGUGCCUUCAAAGGGCCCAAACGGAAAUCGACGAUGUUGUAGGAAGAUCCAAUCGAAUCCUGGAGGAAUCGGAUCUGGCCCAUCUUCCUUACCUCCGUAGCCUAAUCCACGAGACUCUCCGAAUGUACCCACCCGGCCCAUUACUCAUCCCCCACGAAUCAUCGGCGGAUUGUCACGUUGGAGGGUUUCGUGUCCCAGCUGGUACAACGCUGUUCGUCAACGUGUGGGCCAUCCAAAACGACCCCACCGUAUGGGUGGACCCCGAAAAAUUCAACCCGGGACGAUUUGGAAGUGAGGGAGAGGGGUGGUUCUUCAAGUGGAUGCCAUUUGGAGCCGGGAGGAGGAGAUGUCCCGGCGAGGGCCUAGGACUGCGCGUCGUUGGAUUGGCUGUCGGGUCGCUGAUUCAGUGCUUUGAGUGGGAGUCGGUUGGCGGGGAAUGUAUUGAUAUGAGGGAAGGCGUUGGACUGACGCUGCCCAAAGCCGUGCCCCUCCACGCCCUUUGCCGACCCCGUUCAAAGGUCGCACAUUUGCUUCCCCAAAUCUGAUACAAAUUGAAGUGGUUGUUUAUGUUUUACUGUUUAGUUGCUGGCUGGUAUAUCAGCCCCCCACGUGUGUAUAUAUAUAUAUAUAUUGCAGUUACUAUGCCCAAAGGCCAACACUUGCAGGCUA